GUCGAAGUCCCCAGUUUAAAGUUGCUGAAGUCGAGAAACGCCGCCGUGAAGACGCUCCCCCCUUGCUCUGUUGCGCCUGCGUAAGUAUGGCGGCGCCCAGUUCGGCGAUGGAAACGGCUGCGCUGGGGCCGGAGGACCUUGUGUGCGCGAGUGGGCGGAACCGCAAAGCCGUGCUUUGCCAGCGCUGUGGCUCCCGCGUCCUUUUGCCCGGAGCUGCAACCUUCACACGCAGAGAGCUGUUUCUUCCUGCUAUGAAGAAGAAGACUGCUUUGGUGACAAAUGGUGACCUAGAAGGGGAUGUCUUGCAGUACCACUGGCUAGUCGAGGACAUGUUUUCUUUUGAAAACGUUGGUUUCACCAAGGAUGUUGGAAAUGUAAAGUUCCUGAUCUGUGCAGACUGUGAAAUUGGCCCUAUUGGCUGGCACUGCUUGGAUGAUAAAAAGAGUUUUUAUGUGGCCUUGGACCGUGUUUCUCAUGAAUGAAAUGCUCAUAGGUGACCAAAAAUGGUUCCUAGGCACCUGAUUAAACCACAUUCUAAAUAACUUUCCAAGUUCCUCAAUAUGUAGGCUUAAAACUGGCACAAAUGAAAUGCCCUUUUCAGAUGCAUCAAUGGAAGUGCUUAUAUUGCUUGUUGAGUUGCAACCCAUUUGAACCUGACCAAAUCUGUACUGAUAUUUAAUAAUGUGAAAUUAUGUGCAUAUACUUUGAAACACACAGUUCCAUGCAAAUUGGCAAUUCAAUUUCCUUAGUGAAAAAGGAAAGAUAAUCCUGAAUUUUGUCCUUGUAAAAUAAGAGUGUAAUACAACAGGAAAAUAAGACUUCUGAUUUCUUGGGAGAGAAGGGAGCUACCAUAUUGUGAUAUAUGGCUUUCUGCUCUGUUCUGGAUAAAAGAGUAAACAUUUGUGAUUUUGAUGUUUACCGAUAUCUAAUGUUUACAAAUAUCUGAAUUUUCACUUCAUGAUCAUUGUUAAUUAAAAGCCAGUCAUUAGUUACAGGUCAUCUUAAUUAUAAAAAUAGUCAAACUGCAGGAAGUAAUAAUGGAAAAUGGAAACUGAUUUUUUUUAAUUGAAUUGAAAUCAUGCAUUUUAAUUUAUAUAUUGUAUUGGAAUUACCAAUAGCUAAUGAAAAAGGGCUCACUCUAAUAGGUGUAAUCUUACAUUUUUUUGUAUAGAACCUCUAUUAUUAAUCUUUUUUUCUAAAGCUACUGUAACACAACUCAUUACUGAUGUCCCUUGCGAUAAUAUGGUCAAUGAAUCACACAGAAUCAUUUAGUCUAGUUAAGAAUGCUAUCUGAAUGUGGGCCGUUUAUUUUUCAUCUGUCUAGGAGAAAAUAGAAAACUAAGCCAUGUUUUGUUCUCUGGUUUCUAUAGUGUACCAAGCCCAUCAUUUAGAUGUCAAGUUUAGAAUGUUCUCCCAGGCUUGGGAAUAGUGUGGGAUUGAACCAAUCAUUUGCCUUUUGUUAUAUUGUACUUUUUGGCAAUAUGCCUGCUUCUUUUUUGUUCAGUUUUAUGAUUCCUUUUAAUUUUAAUUGUAAAACAUCCAGGGUUGUUUGGAGUUGGUCUGCCUCUGAUUUCAAUAAAUAAAAAUAGGUUGUGUGAAAGAUGGUCAGCUUAUUAGCUACAUGCCCUUCAUAGGAUAGACAACUCCCAGGAAAAGGGCAUGUUUGUAGCUUAACCUUAACCAAGCUAAGUAUGACAUGAAUGCUGUUAAAAUGCUAUCGUGAUUCUGUUCUCCCUGUAUCAAUUUAAAAGAAAGUAUUGUUAGGCGAGGUUUGUUUUUUCUUUGAUUUAAAUUCAGUCUUCUCCCAAGUAUUCUUAAACUUCCAGGGGAAAUCACUUGAAUUUUGUUGUUAUAUGAUGUUAUGUAUUGCACUGAAUUCUAGAGUUUUUAGAAUUUUUAAGUGCAUGUCUUAGUACACUUUUAAAAAAGCAUAUGUAAGAGCAAUCUGAAAUGUAAUGCAGGCAAGGUUGCAUUAUUGUGGAAUAGACAGGUUAGUCAUUCUAUUACAAGUAUUUAUUUAUGGAAAGUUAAUAUAUUACUGCUUCCUUAGUAGUGAUGGAGAAAAACAGACUACUGGCUGGUGCCACAUGUGUCAGUUAUUUCCAUCACUAUUUUUAAAAAUACAUGAAACCUCUGAGUUCAUUUGGAAGUGUUCAGUAAGAUUUAAUCAGUAUGGUGCUCAGUUAUCCAUUGUUACUCCAGGUGCCAUGAACUUUUAUCUCAGUGCCUGAAGGUUGUUAGUGUCUGGAGGUAUAAGCAAACAUAUUUAUUUUUCCUGUUAAAUAUCCUACUGUCCAUAAUGUUCCCACUUCAACCAUACAUCAAUUCAUGUUUGUGAAUUGUACAUGUAUAGGUUUUUCAUCUCUGGAUAUCUGUAUAAAAGUUUGGACAUUCAGAAAUAAAGAUCAGUGGUACACAACACUGACAAAACUUCAGUGAGUUCACUUUCACUACAGAAGUAGCUUUGUUGCAUAACCCAUUCUUCAGACUACAUUCAUAGUUUCUAAAUGCUCUAGGUAGCAAAUAUGUACAGAGUAGGAGUGCACAGCUUCCAUACGUGAAUAACUAUAAGAGACUAGUAUUGUGUCUAAUUUUACACUUGCAUGUCAUUUUAUCAGCUAGCUGGAGAGCAAGCCUAAUUCAGAGAAGAAACUUUGGGGCUAGAGAUCUCAAAAGAUGACUUUUUGUGUUCUGUGGAUAAUUCAGCUGUCAUUGCUCUCUUCCAAAAAAAUGUCUCCUCCUAUUAACCAAGUCUGUUCCCUUGAGUACAUUGUGAUGUAUCUCAAUACAGCUGGGAAACAAUUUGACAGAAUGAAAUGUUUCUUCUUGCUGCAUAGAGCCAGGUGACAGUUCCAUGUUAAAUACCUACCACAUGGUGGCACCAGUAUUCUACGAAUGGGAAGAUACUUGCUGUGAGAUCUUAUACUAGCUCUGCAAAAUGAAAAAGGGCUUUGUUAAAUUCCUAAUGCUACAAGUAGCAAUAUUUUUGUCAUGUCUGUUAUCUGAAAUAUUGCUACAGAUAAAUUAAUACAUAGAGCAUUCUCAAGGAAUAUUUUUCAUGUUUUGUCGUCUCAGUACUAGGUUCACCAAACAUGCUAGACUAGAAGUAGAAUAAAUACGUUUAACACAUUACGUAAAUCCACUAUUUAUAAAAUGAUACUUGGCCCGAAUUUUGAAACAAAUCAACUCUACAUCACAUUUUUCCAUUUGACAAAAACAGGUUUCAGAUGUUUGCAAUAGAUCUUAAUACUUUAAAAGAAGAGGAAUUAAUUUGAUACACCAUCUCAGUCCACAAGACAAAUCAAACUUACAGAAUAAACUAAAUUGCAGCACACAUGAAGCAGUAAGAGGAAUUUUGUCAUAUAUGUCAGAUGCAAAUGAGAGGUAGUAUGCAACAAGAGAAUUCAUGCUUUUGUUUUUUAAAAAACUUCAAUCAUGUAAACACUUCAAACAUAUUUAACCUCUUAUGUAAUGUAUGGGGGUGAUAUUGUAAGCUGGCUAUCAGAGAAAAUAGCUGUAUUUCAACACUUUUUGCAGUUUUUUUAAUAAAAAAAUUCUGGGAAAAGAAAAUAACACUCUUAUAAAGAAAACAAUUCACAAAAAUGAUAGUGCAGUGCUUUUGAAAAGGGAUAAUGAUUUUUAUGUUCAUUUUUGUUAUUUUCACAUUUUUAAAUGGCUGCAUACUGGCCUUCCUAUUGUGAUAAUAGCUUUUUUAGAAAUAAAUGUCUGACAAUUUUAAAAAUGUCGCUUCAAAAGUGCUCAAAAUGCUGCCAUCUAAUGACCAUAAUAUUUGCAGUAUAUUCUAUAGCAAUUCAUUUACAAAUGAGAGCAUUAAAUGACAUCAGUCCUAUUUUUUUAUUGUGGAAAAUAUUGUGAACUUUAACCUAAGAAUGUAGUUCUUUUCUACAAUACUUUGGAGUAAAAAUAUUUGAAUCUUGCACAAUCAGAUUAAAUCAAAUAUUGUAUAAUGAAUAACAAAUGAACUUUCCUCCUGCAAAAAAACAGUCAUCUUGCAAAAUCCUAAAUCUUAGAAAUUAAUUUGAACAAAUUAAAACAUUUUUUUUAAAGUA